GUCAACAAUCUGUCAAAACAGUGAAAUUUUGAAGAGGACUUUUGUGAGAAUGAGGGAAACUUUGGGUGCUGAGAAGCAGCAAAAAUAGCACUAGGACCAGCAGAAUUUCACUCCCAGCAUAGUCAAAUAGACCUAAUAUCCUAGAAUGACGACAUAUUCCGAGGAUAGCGAAGGAAAAUUUAUUCCGGCAUCACAACGACCAGACGGCACGUGGCGAAAGGCCAGGAGGGUGAAGGAUGGCUAUGUGCCGCAGGAGGAAGUGCCUCUGUACGAGAGCAAAGGGAAGAUAUUUGCCAAGAAACCAAUCUUGCCAGUGGGUAUGUGCCCUGUUGUGGCCCAAAAAGCCAAGGAAGCACGUGAGAAGCAGCAGAAGCAACCAAUCCCAGGACUCCUGGUGCUCAAUAAGUCCACUGGCGCCAAGAGCAAAGCACAGAAAAGCCCAAAUCCCGCCCCCAAGAAACCACCUGAGAAAAAGAUACCACCACCACCACAGACCUCCACGGACGAAGUGACUGAGCAGCUGGGCAGCCUGCAGCUGGACAUUCAGGAUCCGGCCAAGAAGCUGAAGAAACUGCGGCGGAAAAUCCGCGAAAUUGAGACAAUUGAGGGAAAACUGAAGUCGGGCGAAUUGAAGAAUCCGGAAAAGGAUCAACUGGACAAAGUUGCACGCAAGGCAGAAAUCAUGAGAGAAAUUGCCCAGUUGGAGGCCCAGGCGAGUACCAUCCAAUAGUUAAGUCGUCCCCCUCCUCCUGAAUUUUGAGCAGCAGCAGCAACGGGCUGUGGACCAUCGUUUCUUUUAUCGUUUUGUUUUUUACCCAAUUAUUAUAUAUUUUUAAGUUUUUUUUUUAAGAAAAACUUUGGUACAAAGGGGAUUUUGUCCCCGGAAACACUUUCCCGCUGAAGAGACACAAAUCUGCCCGAGGCUCAAUUCCGCGCUCUCUCCCAAUUUUUGUCUGCAUUUUCUUGGGGAAGUGAAUCUUGUGAGCAAUUCUUAUUUUAUAAUCUCUUCUGUAUUUUCUUUAAUCAAAAAGAAUCAUCCACUA